AUGGCCGACGAAAAUCCGGACUUCACCGAGACUCCCUGCUCAACCUGUAAAGAGGUGUCGACCGAGGAUGAGCUGAUGGUUGGCUGCGAUAGCUGCAAACUGUGGUUCCACGCUCGGUGCGUCAACCUCAAUCCGGCUGACAAGAAGUCGGGGAAGAAGUGGUACUGUCCGGACAAGGACUGCCAAAAGAAGAAGAAGACUAAGAAGUCUGUGGAAGUACCGCUCCCAUUGCCGCCCGAGUUGCAAGAAAAGUUGAAAGCUUUGGAAGAAACUCGGAAGCGCAUGGAAGCGGAACAAGAGAUGGAGCGAAUCCUGAAGGAGAAGGAGCUCGAAAUGGCUGUCUACCUUCAGGAGCGCCAGAUGAAGAUCGACGAGGAACUCCGAGAGAGGGAGUUCAAGCAGCGAGAGGCGAACCUAGAGGCGGAGAUGCAGAAGAAGGAGGAACACCUGAAGCGGAUCCAGAAGCUGGAGACCACAUUUCGGGACAAAAGCGCCUCCAUCGACAAGCUGUUGCAAAACAGCAGCACUCCGCUGCGAAACCCAGAAACGUCCAGUCGCUCCUCGUCGGGGUCCAGCACUACCAGUUCCGGCAGUGGCAAUGGCGACGCGGCUGAUACGAAAGGUGAUGGAAACGACGAGAAGUCGGUCAAGCCGGGAAAAGCUGAGGAUUCUGGAGAGAAGCCAGACGGGCUGGAGCAGCACGGUUCGGGUCCGACGAAGGCCCAGCGAGCUGCAAGACAAGGGCUGACAAGGAAGCUGCCAGACUUCCACGGCAAGCCAGAAGAGUGGCCAUUGUUCUUUGCGGCCUACCAAGCGUCGAACGAAGCCUGCGGGUACACGGACGUGGAGAAUCUCGUGCGCCUACAAGACUGCCUGAAAGGCAGAGCGCUCGAGGAGGUGCGUGGCCAGCUCAUUCUGCCCAAGUCGGUUCCGCGUGUGAUCGCCAAGCUUCGCCAGAUCUACGGUCGCCCAGAAGUGCUGCUGCAAAGCCACCUGCAACGAGUGCGCAAGCUGGAGCCGCCGAGAGCGGACAAGUUGGGAUCGUUCAUCCCGUUCGGCAAUGCAGUGGAACAAUUGUGCGAGCACAUCGAGGCCGCAGAAAUGACGGCGCACCUGGUCAAUCCGAUCUUGAUCCAGGAACUCGUCGACAAGCUUCCGGACGGGGAGAAGAGGAGUUGGGUGCACUACAAGCGCAAGAAGCGCGAAGUAAAUCUGCGCACGCUCACCAACUUUCUCUCAAAGAUCGUCGAGGAUGCGUGCGAGGCGACGGUGAACCUGGACUACAAGCCGGACGUCAGAGCGGCGUCGGGACCGAGCGGCCGAAGCCGAAACAAGGAAAAAGCCGCACUGUUCAACCACAGCGUAGCCGAGGAAUGUACAGAACGGCGAGAGCAGAAGCCACAAAAGCUGUGCAGGGUGUGCCAGCGCAUGGAUCACCGACUGUGGACAUGCGAGGACUUCAAGAAGCUGCCAUAUGAGGAUCGAGCGAAGAUGGCGACGAAGUGGAAAUUAUGCCAACGCUGCCUGAAUGAACACGGCGGUCAAUGCAAGCUCAAACUUCGCUGCAACGUCGGAGAGUGCCGCGAGCCACACAAUCCUCUGCUUCACCCGGAGACGAGGGCAGUUGGCAUGAACGCACACAUCACGUCCACGAGUCCCGUGCUGUUCCGGAUGCUCCCGGUAAAAGUCUACUGCGGUGAGAGAUCAAUGAUCGUGCUCGCUUUCCUUGACGAGGGUUCGUCCCUCACCCUGAUCGAAAGUGGUCUUGCCGAACGUUUGGGGCUGUUGGGGACGAAGGAGAAGCUCACCAUCAAGUGGACGGCCAACAUCACGCGAGUGGAACAACAUUCGAGGCGGACAAAUAUUUGGGCGUCGGCGAUCAACGGGACGAAUGGCGAGAAGCUGCUGCUGCAAUCUGUCCGCACGGUGGACAAGCUGAUGUUGCCACGCCAAACACUUAAUGCUGCUGAAGUUUCGUCACACUACGAUCACUUGCGCGGGCUUCCGAUGGAUUCGUACGACGGUCGGCCAGGAAUGCUGAUCGGGUUGAAUAAUAUUCAUUCGUUCGCACCGCUGGAAACGAAGGUCGGCACGAUUGUCGAUCCGGUGGCAGUCCGGUGCAAGCUCGGCUGGACGGUCUACGGACCGCGGGAUGCAGAGUCGGCGGGCGCGAGCUGUUUCCUCGGAUGCCACCAAGAAGUGACGAACGAGGAGCUGCACGAUCUUCUCAAAAGCCACUAUUCGCUGGAAGAAGCGGUGGUGACUGUGCAGCGGGAGUCGGUCGAGGAUCAGCGGGCGAGGAAGAUCAUGGAGGAAACUACACGUCGCGUGGGUGACCGCUUCGAGACCGGACUGCUGUGGAAGACCGACGACGUCAAGUUCCCGAACAGCUAUCCGAUGGCUGUAAAGCGGAUGAAGCAGCUGGAGAAGAAACUUGAGCGUUCGCCAGAGCUGUACGACAACGUCAAGAAGCAGAUUGAAGACUACCAGGCCAAGGGAUACGCGCACGAAGCCACCGCGGAGGAACUGAACGGAACAAACAACAACAAAGCGUUCUAUCUGCCGCUCAACGUGGUGGUGAACCCGAAGAAGCCGGGGAAAGUUCGGCUGGUCUGGGAUGCGGCCGCGACGGUAGAUGGAGUCUCUCUCAAUUCGAUGCUGAUGAAGGGACCAGAUCUGCUCGUGCCACUGGUGUCGGUGAUCUGUGGGUUCCGCGAACGACGGGUUGCUUUCGGCGGGGACAUCCGUGAGAUGUACCACCAGCUGAAGAUUAUCUCCGGGGACAAGCAAGCUCAACGCUUCCUCUUCCGGGACAACAUCAAAGAAGAGCCGAAAGUGUACGUGAUGGACGUCGCUACAUUCGGGUCGAAGAGUUCACCGGCGUCGGCGCAGUACGUGAAGAAUCGCAAUGCGGAAGAGCAUGCUGGUCAGUAUCCGGACGCUGUGGCAGCGAUCAUCAAUCGGCACUACGUCGAUGACUACUUUGACAGCGUCGACACCGUUGAGGAAGCUGUCAAGCGAGCGAAGCAGGUGAGCCACGUCCACAAAAAAGGUGGCUUCGAGAUCCGCAACUGGGUGUCCAACUCGCCGGAAGUGCUGACUGCUCUGGGCGAAGAGAAGCCGAUGAGUCCUGUGCUGCUGAACCAGGACAAGCAAACACCCAGCGAGCGCGUACUUGGCGUGCGGUGGGACCCGGAGCUGGACGAAUUCGCCUUCGCCGUGAUGCACCGCGAAAAACUGAUGAAGUACCUGAAAGAGGGGAAAAGACCAACUAAACGGAUCAUGGGACCAAGACAUCGACGACGAAGCCUGGAUUCUGUGGAAGCGGUGGACGGCACUGCUGCCGGAAGUCGAAGCACUUCGGUUUCCCGGAGCUACUUCGGCGAUGCGAUGUCCACGUCGGUCGAGAGUCUCGAGCUGCACAUCUUCAGUGACGCGAGCGAGCUGGCGUACGGUUGUGCGGCGUAUCUACGCGCGGUCAUCGACGGUCAAGUUCACUGCAGUCUCGUCAUGGCGCGAUCGAAGGUGGCACCGCUGAAACGACAAUCGAUUCCACGACUGGAGUUGAUGGCGGCGUGCAUGGGAGUGCGCAUGAGCCAGCAGAUCCUCGGAACUCACACGCUGCAGAUCGACCGUACCGUUUUCUGGACCGACUCGAGGACCGUCCUUGCGUGGCUGCACGCAGAUCCCUACAAGUACAAGCAGUUCGUCGCCUUUCGGGUCGGGGAGAUUCUGGAGCUGACGAGACUGGACGAUUGGAGAUGGGUGCCUUCGAAGAAGAACAUCGCGGACGUUCUCACAAAGUGGGGACCUGGACCGCCACUGCAGAACGAUUCGGAAUGGCGGAACGGUCCGGCGAUACUGUUCGAGCAGGAUGACGACUCACCACCUGAGCAGAUCGAGGAGACGAACGAAGACGCACGAGGCUUGGUACUGUUCCACGGGACAGUCAACGUAGAAGCGGUCUCGACGUGGACAAAGCUGGUGAGGGUGACUGCAACGGCGGUACGCUUCAUCGAAAAUUGUCGUCGCAGAAAAGACGGCCGUCCGGUACUGACUGCAAAGGCCACGCGUCGCCUAGCCAAGCUGGUUAAAGCGCAGCACGAGACGGAGGUCCAACCGCUGCAACAAGACGAGCUGCAGAAGGCCGAGAGGAUUCUGUGGAAGCAAGCGCAGUUCGAGAGCUUCCCCGACGAGAUGAGCGUGCUGACGAAGAACCUACAACUGAAGCAGGGUGAGUUGCCAGAGAAGAUCGAGCGGCUGGAGAAGAACGAAUCGAUCCCGUUCGACAAGCGAUUCCCGAUCAUCCUGGGUCGAAAACACGCCGUCACCAAGAAGAUCAUCCAGCACUACCACGAGAAGUACGGUCACGCGAAUCGGGAGACCGUGUUCAACGAGCUGCGCCAGAAGUUCUGGAUUCCAAACGCACGGGCUGCGAUCCUGGAGGUCGUAAAGGAGUGUGUGUGGUGCAAGGUGAACCGUUGCGUGCCGUUCGUCCCAACAAUGGCGCCGCUUCCGGUCGAACGCACUGCAGCAACCAUGCGACCGUUCAGCGCAGUAGGCGUGGAUUACUUGGGACCGGUCGAAGUCACGGUGGGGCGCCGCAGAGAGAAACGCUGGAUCGCAGUCUUCACGUGCUUAGCGGUCAGGGCGGUGCAUCUCGAAGUGGUCCAUAGCCUCACCACGCAAUCGUGCCUGAUGGCCCUCCGGAGGUUCGCGUGCAAACGCGGCGUUCCAGAGAAAGUGUUCUCCGACAACGCUACGUGCUUUCGGGGAGCGGACGCGGCGAUAACGAAGGAGAUCAACAAGGAGUGCGCGGAGCAGAUGACGUCACCGACCACUUCAUGGUCCUUUAUCCCACCUGGGACGCCCCACAUGGGCGGCGCCUGGGAACGGAUGGUGCGAUCGGUGAAGGAGGCGUUGCGCGCACUUGACGACGGACGAAAGCUGACCGACGAAAUUCUCUCGACAUCUUUGGCCGAGGCCGAAGACAUGAUCAACACUCGGCCGCUGACGUACGUCCCUCAAGAUUCCGCUGAAGAAGAAGCCAUCACGCCAAACCACUUCCUGCGCGGGACGGUAACGAGUGCGGACCUCAAAGUGGACGAGACGGUGGACACCGCUGCUGCACUGCGAGAUGUCUACAAGCGGAGUCAGCAGCUGGCGGGCAAGAUGUGGGAGCGGUGGUCGAAGGAGUACCUGCCCUCGCUGAACCGGCGUCCAAAGUGGUUCGAGGAUCGGAAGCCCCUCGAGGCGGGUGACUUGGUGUUCGUGGUCGAUGGCAAGAACCGGAAGAGCUGGGUACGAGGUCGAGUGGAGGAGGUCUUCAAGGGGUCGGACGGACGAGUUCGGCAAGCGGACGUGAGGAGUGCGGACGGCAAGGUCAACAGGAGAGCCGUGGCGAACUUAGCGGUGUUGGAGAUAAUGGACGGUAAAUCCGACGUGCUGGAAUGCCCGACGGAUGUUACGGGCUGGGGUGUUGCGACCGCCAAGAUGGGAACACUGCCAUGCGGUGUGACGGCGACGGUGCAAUCGUCCGACACCGUCUUGGCUGUCAACACACGCGAAAAGGAGGAGCAAGCAAAAACAAAGUGCGUGUGUGACACCCAGCUUCAAGACACACGUUGCAAGUCACCAUUUGCGAAGAGUAAGGGAAUUUAG